CAGAGUGGGGGGACAGGAAUAAGCGGAGUUAGGAGACCAGGACAAAAGAAGUUAAAGAGCGCUUAAUAUAUACAUGUUUCUGAAGGCGGGCAGAAGGAAAAAAGUCCCCUCGGUGAGGGUCUAUGGGUCCGAUUGUGUAGUUACGAUGGAACUCCCUUUGAACAAGAGGGACACGCCAGCGCUGAGAUUAGCGGAUUUGGCAACGGCUCAGGCCCAACCGCUUCAGACUAUGACAGGCUUCCCGGUGCUGGCCAGCCCGCCCGCCCACUCCCAACUCCGCGCCGCCACCGCGCACCUCCACCCGCGGGACCUGGGCGCUGACCCCAGCGUGGUCGUCACCGCGCUCGCAGCCGAGCACAUGGCCCAGGCGAGCACGCUGGGAAUCGGUCCUCCCUCCCAAGCGUUCCCGCUGCAACCAGAGGCUCCGGCGGCUGCCACCCGCCCCGCCGCCUCGGUCGCCCGCACCUACCCCGGUGGUGGUAGCGGCGGCGGGGGCAGCGGUGGCGCGCAGGUCCCCGCGCCCCCGCCCCCAGCCCCUCCUCUUCCUCCCUCCCCUUCGCCCCCUCCCCCGCCCCCUCCUCCUCCUCCUCCUGCCCUCUCGGGCUACACCACCUCCAACAGUGGCGGCGGCGGCAGCAGCGGCAAAGGCCACAGCAGGGACUUCGUCCUCCGGAGGGACCUUUCCGCCACGGCCCCCGCGGCGGCCAUGCACGGGGCCCCGCUCGGAGGGGAGCAACGGUCAGGCACCGGCUCCCCCCAGCACCCCGCCCCGCCUCCCCAUCCGGCCGGGAUGUUCAUCUCGGCCAGCGGCACCUACGCGGGCCCGGACGGCGGCGGUGGCCCUGCGCUCUUCCCCACGCUGCACGACUCUCCGGGGACUCCUGGCGGUCACCCGCACCCGCUCAACGGCCAGAUGCGCCUGGGCUUGGCGGCGGCGGCGGCAGCGGCCGCGGCGGCCGAACUGUACGGUCGCGCCGAGCCACCCUUCGCUCCGCGCUCGGGCGACGCGCACUACGGGGCGGUGGCGGCCGCCGCAGCCGCGGCCCUGCACGGCUACGGAGCCGUGAACUUAAACCUGAACCUGGCCGCGGCGGCUGCAGCAGCGGCGGCGGCGGCGGGACCCGGGCCCCACCUGCAGCAUCACGCGCCGCCCCCGGCGCCGCCGCCGCCGCCACCACCACCGCCACCACCGUCGUCGGCGGCGGCGGUGGCGCCCGCGCAGCACCCACACCAGCACCACCCCCACCUCCCGGGCGCGGCCGGGGCCUUCCUGCGCUACAUGCGGCAGCCAAUCAAGCAGGAGCUCAUCUGCAAAUGGAUCGACCCCGACGAGCUCGCCGGGCCACCACCUCCGCCACCGCCCCCGGCCGGCGGCGCCAAGCCCUGUUCCAAAACUUUCGGCACCAUGCACGAGUUGGUGAACCACGUCACCGUGGAGCACGUGGGCGGCCCCGAGCAGAGCAGCCACGUCUGCUUCUGGGAGGACUGUCCGCGCGAGGGCAAGCCCUUCAAGGCCAAAUACAAGCUCAUCAACCACAUCCGCGUGCACACCGGCGAGAAGCCCUUCCCGUGCCCUUUCCCGGGCUGCGGCAAGGUCUUCGCGCGCUCCGAGAACCUCAAGAUCCACAAGCGCACUCAUACAGGAGAAAAACCUUUCAAAUGUGAAUUUGAUGGCUGUGACAGGAAAUUUGCCAAUAGCAGUGACAGAAAGAAGCACUCCCACGUCCACACCAGCGACAAGCCCUACUACUGUAAGAUUCGAGGUUGUGACAAGUCCUACACUCACCCAAGCUCUCUGAGAAAGCACAUGAAGAUUCACUGCAAGUCCCCCCCACCUUCUCCAGGAGCCCUUGGCUAUUCAUCAGUGGGGACUCCGGUGGGUGCCCCUUUGUCCCCUGUGCUGGACACAGCCAGGAGUCGUUCCAGCACUCUGUCCCCUCAGGUGACCAACCUCAAUGAGUGGUACGUUUGCCAGGCCAGUGGGACCCCCAGCCACCUCCACACACCUUCCAGUAAUGGAACCACCUCUGAGUCUGAAGACGAGGAAAUAUACGGGAACCCAGAAGUUGUGCGGACGAUGCAUUAGAAUUUCCUAUUAUUAAUAAGUGAAAUAAGUGAGAGUCCUUGGACCAUAUCCUAACCUGAGACAAUGCUGAGCCUGAGACAAACUCGUGACUCAGACUUGCCACCGGGUCUAAUUAGCCCUAUUUAUUCAGUAUGAAACCCUAUGGUGUUUGUACAUUUAAUUAAUUUAAUUAAGAUAUUUGGGCUUUUCUUCCCCCCUUUCUUUCUCUUAAAAAAACAAACAUGGCUGGGCAUGUAGCUCAGCAGUAGAGCGCUUGCCUGGUAUGCGUGAGGCCCUGGGUUCAAUCUCUAGCACCACAAGGAAAAAAACAAAAGAGUAUAAAAAUAAAUAAUAAUAGUAAUAACAAGCGAAUACAAAACAACCAAGCUGGACUUGUACAUUGCAGGGGGACAAGGCUGUGAGCAAAUGGUACCAAGGAAAACAAGUGGAGAGAUAUUGAGAUAUAUAUUCUGCCGAUGCAAUAUAUAUGUGUGUAUGUAUAUUAAAGGGGGAAGAAAGGAGCAUUAAAUCAGAACUUUAUACAGCAACCAGGCCCUCUGCAUUUCCCAGAGUGCCUCUCCUAUGCCUUUGACACCAUAAAUAUAAACGAGGGCUCUUUUUGAGCCUCCUUGUUGGACCCUAAUUCUGCAAAGGCCUCUUGAUUGUAAUCCACACACUUGCUGCAUUGCCAACAGAGCCUGGACUGUGCCUGUGUCCAAAAGUCUUU